GUAGGUCGCUUGACUACUGAUCUUUAAGAACUUAGUUUUCAGAUCGCAUUUUUGUUCGGUGGAUUGAAUGCAAAUUGAUAUAAUUAGGGUUUUUAUCUGGGAUGAUUAAUUGAUGGUGGUUGUGAACAAGGUUUUCAUGGCUUUUUGAUUUGGGGUGCAUGUUUCUUCUUAAUUAGAAUUUGCAUGCACCGAAUUAUUUUAAAUGCGAAAUUUAAGUUUUUUGACUGGUAAAUUCUGUUUAUAUCCGACAAUGAUCCCAACUCGGCAUUGUUGUUUACUUCCGGAAGAGAUUUCGAAGGAAUACUUUUUCGAAAGGAUUUCUGAAAACCCUUUUGGCUUGAUGGGGUUUUUACUGGAUUGGCUGUGGUAUUGCCAAUGAUUUGGGGUUGGUGGAUUGACCUGCACAAUUUGUACUUAGUGGGUGUCAGCUAAUUAAUGAGAAUGGAAAGUGGAGAUUUAUAAUCAGGCGUACCCAUUUCUGUGCAACACAUUAUUGUGUGCAAUUAUUGGCAGUCCCCUGUAAUCUUCUGCAACAUAAAAUGAUCUGCUUAAAACAAUGAAGACUUGAAAAGCCUCUACUGAAUUGGCUCUUGGAGAGAUUGAUGUUUUAAAGGGUGGAGGAAUGAGCGGAAGAUCAACGAGGGAUUUGAAAUUAAUUAGUGCUUUCAGGGGUUGAGUAGGGAGUCAAUUGACAUCAGGGCACCCUGUAGUUGAAGACAAAGUAAAAUUUCUGUUUCUUUUCUGAUAUCUACUGGGAAUAAAGAGGAGAAUUGGGUGUUUGAUCAUAUAAUGGGUCAAUGGAUGGAGUUUUUUCUGAAAGAUGAGGCUCUGGGCACAUUUGUACCCAUUAUUGUGUAUUGGGUAUAUUCUGGCUUUUAUGUUUUGCUGGAGCAUCUUGAUGGCUACAGAAUGCAUACUGUUGCUGAGGAGAAAAUGAAAAAUUUGGUGUCGAAGAGUACUGUUGUCAAAGGGGUGUUGCUUCAGCAGUUAAUUCAGGCUAUGGUUGCUCUGAUAUUAUUGAAGGUGACUGGUGAGGUAGGAGAAUCUGGUAUAACCUUACAACCUUCACUCAUGGUACAGGCUAUACAAUUCUUGAUAGCCAUGUUUGUGUUGGAUACAUGGCAGUAUUUUCUGCACCGUUUUAUGCACCAUAACAAGUUCUUGUAUCGGACUAUUCAUUCAAGGCACCACAGGCUUAUAGUGCCCUGGCCUUUUGGAGCAAUGUACAAUCAUCCAUUGGAGGGCUUGCUUCUGGACACAACUGGUGGUGUUCUGUCAUAUCUUUUCUCUGGGAUGACCCCUAGAACAUCCAUAUUCUUUUUCACCUUUGCAACAAUCAAAGGGGUAGAUGACCAUUGUGGCCUCAUGCUGCCUGGAAAUCCCUUUCACAUCUUUUUUGGGAACAACACAGCAUAUCAUGACAUUCAUCACCAGCACCAUGGAGUGAAAUACAACUUUUCACAGCCCUUCUUUGUAUUUUGGGACAAACUUCUUGGGACUCAUAUGCCUUACAGAAUUGUGAAACGACCAGAUGGUGGAUUUGAAGCUGCACCAGCCAAAAAGCAUUAGUUCCUAGAGCCACAUUGGUUCAUCAUAUUUACCAGUGAUUGCUGGUUGAAUUUCUCAUCAAUCAAUAAAUGUUAACUCUGAUAUUGUAACAUUUAUGUAAUAAAACUAUGCAAGCUAAAGCUUGUAAGUUCUGCUUAAAUGAUCUUAAUAACUGCUGCUAGCUGGAUCACUGCAGUACUGGUCAGAGUGUAAGAUUUCUUUAAGAGUGCAGCUGAGCAGUUAGUGCAGUUAAUUUUUCAGAGGUUAACAGAAUAAAAUACCUAAAUGGUACGAAGAUUCUCAUUUA